GCGGGUCUCUCGUCUCUCUCUGCUUCAGUAUUAGCGAAUAUUGGUAUUGGUUGGUUUGAGGUUAGACGUGGUUAGUCGUUAGACAGCUGAAUUUUCAUCGUAUUAUAUCGCUUAUUCGGCGUCCGGCCUUAGUAUCUUGUCGCAGCUGCAACCGUUUGUUGCUAUACAGAAAGAUUAAGGCUAUUAAUAUUCUUCCGUUGUAUUCUCACUUGAUUCUUGUACGAUUGAAUUACACAGAAUGAGAAUUUUGGCCAUAAGCGGCCGCUAUGCCCAUAUUGCCCAUACAAUGGUUUAGGACAAUAAAGAUAGGCUAUUCCAAUAUGAUUCACAAAGGACCACGUCCGUUGGUACUCUGUGGCCCCUCCGGCACUGGCAAGAGUACCUUGAUAAAACGAUUGUUUGACGAAUUUCCCGACACCUUCAAAUUUUCGGUAUCCCAUACGACUAGAAUGCCACGGCCUGGCGAAGAGGAUGGGACUCACUAUCAUUUCACAGACAAAGAAAAAAUGCAACAACAAAUGAAAAAUGGCGAGUUUAUUGAAACUGCUACAUUUAGCGGAAAUCUAUAUGGGACGAGCAAACGAGCGGUCGAGGAGGUGCAGCGAUUAGGAAAGGUAUGCGUAUUAGAUAUCGAUAUACAAGGUGUGAAACAAAUCAAACGCACCGAUCUCAAUCCCUUUUACGUAUUCGUGAAACCACCGUCCAUUGAGGAAUUGGAGCGACGAUUAAAGGCUAGAAAUACAGAAACUGAAGAAUCCUUGGAGCGCAGAUUAUCGAUUGCCAGAUCUGAGCUAGAAUACGGUGAAACACCGGGUAACUUUGACGUUGUCAUAGAAAAUGACGAAUUGGAAAAAACCUAUGAGAUUUUGCGCAACUUUAUAUUGGCCACGUAUAAUCUGCGUUGCAGUACAGGCGGGACAACAAGCUAGUCCAGUAUCGAAAGCUGACGGACACGAAUAACGAAAUAUUUCUGACGAAACGUUUGCAAACUAUUAUUUCAGAUAUAUAUCUGAUCGACACAUAAUUGAGUGGUGUACGCAUAUAUAUACAUACUUUGCAAGUUGAAGCUAAUGCGAAUCCAUGUAGCUAUAUCUUUACAUUCUCGCAAUAUUAAGUCUGGUGGUUUUAAGACAAGCAAAUGGUAAAAGAAAUAUUUUUAUUCUUAGCGCUGAGAACGUGUCAGCUGAUUUUUUUUACUACCAAAUGAAGGAUCCAUUUUUUUAUAGGGAUGCGGAGAGAUUUUUUGUUCGUUAAGAUAAGGAUUUUAGCUUAAUGUUCAAGAAGUAAUUCAAAGAAAUAAACAUAAAAUCGUAGAUGUAGCUGACUGAGACUAUUCACCAAAAGAGGUUGUGUUCCAGUAGAGUAGGCUAUCUGUAAAGUACUCGCGGUUUCAUCCUUGUACUUAUCUUCAUGAUUGACGUAGAAACGUCGGAAUAUAGUUGCUUCUGGUUUACAUCACGAUACAUCAGAUUUCAUACGAGCAUCCCAGGUACUUGGGAUUAAAAUCGUAGAAAGAAUUAUGUAAACAUUCCUAUAACGUCUCCAUGAUUCAUAAGGGAUCAUUAGGAUUGUGCAAAAAAACAUUUCCUAAAUUAGUACUACAUCCACGCUUGUUUCACUCUGCGUACAAUUCGAAGCUUGUAAUUAUUUGUAGUUUGAUUAAAAAUUGAUAAGAUUAUAUACAUAUAUAUAUAUAAGAUAUAUUUGUCGAGUUUGCAUGAUUAACGUAGAAAAAUGUCGAUCGAAUCGUUAGGCCAAAUCGCGCUAAUAAUUAAUCUGACGAAGAAAGUUUCCUGUUACAUAGAAUUAACCGUUACAACUAAUACACCUCGUGUGUGUAUAUAUCUUUAUAUAUAUAUAUAAUACAUAAAGAUAAGUCAUAGAAAAUAUUUUAUAAUAAGUACGCUAUGAAGAAUAUAUGAUUGUUGCACGUGUAUUCAAUGGUAUAUUCGCAAUAAAUAGUUUGAGAUAUA